UUUGCCAAUCGACACUGCUCGCCAUCCCCACUCUUUUGCUGUCAAAAACAACAGCUGAUUUUUGACGCUACAGGGAUACUCCGUGUAGGUUAGCAUGUGUUUAAUACAGCGUGGUAUAACAAUUGUUAUAUUUACGACAGUGUUCUUCAGUUUUUGAUGUGUUUUUGUACGAAUUUUAUUUAAUCGACAGUUUAGUGACAAUUCUGUGACAAUUUAGUGUUAAUUUAGUUUAAUUUACUGAUAAAUUAGUGACAAUAGCAACCAACAUGUACUUGAAAUUAUCAACUGUGUGCAAUUACUUAAGUGCAACCCCUGCUAGUAGAUGUUUUGUGGAAGGUGAAAAUGUUCUGGAGGCCGAGCAUUUAAUUUUAUGUGGCACAACGCACAGAAUGAAUGAGGAAUGGGGCCUUAAAGCUUUCUGUCUGCAAAGUAGUCACAUAAAAAAGGAUCCACAUGAAAUAACAGGGGUCAUAAAAGUUGGACAGCACGUAGAAAUUGAAAAUUUUGUUUGCACUUGUGCAGCAGGAGCUUCGGGAAGCUGCAAACAUGUAGCUGCAACGUUGCUGUUUUGCACCAGGAAACCAGUAAAUGACUUAGAAGAACUGUCGAGUACUGAUGUAGGUUGUUUGUGGAAAAACAAGAAGCCAAAACUAGAAACUAAGUAUUUGCCACAACCUCUGAAAGAGACUGAAUGUUGGAAACCUGUCAUGGAAAGAAGACAUAUAACUCUUUCAAAAGAAGAGGCAGAAGAGGUUCGUACAAUAGCCUCAACAUCUGUGCCAAUAUGUGCACUUAGUUUACAUAGAAUUGGUCGAAGGCAAGACAUCGAAGAAGAGACUCUUGAAAUUCCCCCAUAUUUAGAGAAAAUUCUAAAUAAUUCGAAAAAUUCAACAUUUAUGCACAGGUUAGAAAUUGACUGCACUGUUAGCAAUGAAUGUUGCAAACAAAUUAUAGAAUUAUUUAAAGCUGACAUUAUUCUUAAUGGACUUGUUUGCAAACAAGGUAGUCUUGAGUGGAAAGCCUUUAGAAAAAAUAGAAUAACAGGAUCGACAUGUCAUACUGUCUACAGAUUUAAAAAAAAUGAUUGGACAAUUAUGUUAAACAAUUUUUUUAAUAAAAAAGACGUCAUGACACAAGCGAUGGCCCACGGCCGAAAACAUGAAGGGUCUGCACUAGUGGCAUUUGCAAAUCAAAAUCCCACUUACAGUGUCAAAACAAUGGGAAUUUUGAUUUGUAAAAAGUAUCCCUGGUUGGCAUACUCCCCUGACGGGAUUGUUUUUGAAAAUGAGGAACCAACCAGACUUGUGGAAAUUAAGUGCCCUUUUUGGGAAAAACUAAAUCCAUCCAAGAAGUUCUAACUGAAAAUCGGUUAAUGUAAUGAUGACCUAACAUUAAAAGAGUCGCAUGCUUAUUAUUCCCAAAUACAAUUGGGAAUGGCCAUUUUAAAUUUAAAAAUUUGUGAUUUUAUAAUAUUUUGUUCGAAAGAUGAAAGUUAUUUACAAAUUAUUAUACCAUUUAACGAAAAUUUCGCAGGUAUGUUAAUGGAUAAAAUUUGUAAAAAAUAUU